CUAUCCUUAAAAGGUUCUGUCUGGUCAAAAUUGGAUUAUCUCAACACGAUCAACUCUUUGACAAGUUUAUGGAGAGCCGAACGAGAUAAAGAAGCAACAGAAUAUUUUUUAAGCUUUGUUUCUGUCUUGGGUUCAUCUCCAGAUAUAAAAAAUUGGGAUAAUGUUUAUCAAAUUUUUGGGCUUCUGCUGGUCGAAGCAUACAAGUUCAUCUCAGAGACAGUAUCCUACAGUGAUAGAAGAGCUGUGCUAUCAAUUUUCACUUGCUGAUAUUAAGAAAUCAACCAAAAACUUUGAUGAAGACCAACUAAUUGGAACUGGAGAUAUGUGUAUUGUAUAUAAAGGUUCUCUCCAACAUAAUGGUGUUACUGAGGAUACAGUUGUAAUCGGGCGAAUACAUGGGAGCGCUGAGAAAGAGCUUAAGCAAUUCAAGAAUGAAAUUGAGUUGCUUUGCCAGCUUCGGCAUCCUAAUUUGAUCACUCUAUUAGGAUUUUGUGACCACAAAGAUGAGAAGAUUCUUGUAUAUGAGUACAUCCCCAAUGGAUCUCUCCAUGAUCGCCUAUACUGUAGUGAUGUGAAAAAGGAACCACUAACAUGGAAGCAGAGACUAAAGAUCUGCAUAGGAGCAGCACGUGGACUACACUUCCUUCACACUGGUGUCAAGCGAACCAUCUUUCAUCGUGACGUAACACCUUAUAAAAUUCUUUUGGGUAGCAACAUGGUGGCCAAACUUGCAGACUUCCGGCUUUCCUUAACAGGACCGCAUUAUGCAUCAAAGCCAAAACCAAAGACAAUUUCAAAAGAUGGCUUUAUAGGUACAUAUGGUUAUGUGGCUCCUGAGAUUUCCGAAAACAAUACAAUAACAGAAAAAUGUGAUGUUUAUUCCUUUGGGGUAGUGCUACUGGAACUGGUAUGCAAAGACAAGCUAAAAGAUGUUGAGAAGCGGGAGAAGCACCCUGUUGAGGAGAAUAUUGAUCCGAAUAUCAAAGGAAAGAUUGCACCAGAGUGUUGGGAAGUAUUUAUGGAUAUCACAGAAAGAUGCUUGAAGUUUGAUCCGAAUGAGCGACCAGCAAUGGGUGAAGUGGAGGUGCAACUUGAGCUUGCUCUGUCACUGCAGGAAGAAGCAGAUAUAAUAAAUACUGGCGAUGAUUAUACCCUAUUAUCGAUGAUCAUUAUGAAUUAAUCCUCAACCAGAAUAGGUACCAUCUUUAGCUGGAAACUAAACUGAUAGAUUAUAGAACUUCCAAGGUUGUCUCAAUGAUAAUUGAUAACAGUUCAACAGAUUGUUCAAUCACAGUAGAGCAGAUGAAUGGGAAGUCAUGGGAAAAUAUUUUUUUUAGUUCAAGAAUGAAAUUGAGUUAUUUGCCAGUUUUGUCACUCAAGGCAUUUUUUGUCUCUCUAGUAAGAUUUUAUGACCGCAAAGACAAGAAGAUUGUUGUGACUGGUGUAUGAGAACACAGGCACUGCCAAUUGAUCUCUCCAUAAUUUCCUAAACUGUCAUGAUAUGAAAAUGGAAUCACUUUUGUGGAUAUAUAUAGGCUGAAAGAUCCUUCAAAGCUGCAGUGCAUGGACUACAUUACAUUCACACAGGAGUCACGUGCACCGACUUUCAUCAUGCAGCCAAUAUCCUGCAAUAUUUUAGCCCUUCAUUAGUCAUUGCACAGAAAUGAAGGAACAGAAAAAUGUAAUGAAUAGUUCCUAUUUAGCUAUAGAGAAAAUUUUGAUGGAGAGGCAGGAGAGGAUCCAUACUUGUUUUGGAUAACAAUACGGUGCCUGAACUCAGAUUUUUGCUUUUUUGAGGUAUCUAUACUGUUUUCUUGUUAAUUAUACAUCACUUACAGCUUAGAAGCUGGCCCAGUAAUCCAGUAUCAACUUCAAAUUUGAUCUCUUGUUGUAUAAAGUUUGCGUCUGUGUAGAUCCAUAUAGAAAUAAUCGCUAUGAAAGAAUUUGAUGAGAACUAGUGAUUUAGCCUUGUCCUCUGUUU